ACAUAUAAACAUACUGUAAACAUAAUGAUACAAAAGGAAAGUAAAAGCAUUUCAAAUGCAAUUUAUUUUUUACAAAAUCACGAUAAUUUCCCUUACAAUAACUCAUCAUAUAACUGUCUACGUUGGCUUGCUCUGAAUAAUUUGAUGACCACAUAAUGAUAUCCAUCUAUUGUGAUAAUGUGAAUUGAUGAAAUAUAUUAACUUUUAUUGUAUUAUUUUAUUCCAGCUCUUCUGGUACUAGAGCUGCUGAACAUGAAACGUAUGGUUUUAAUGAUUAUGAGGAGGCCAAAGCUGCACAUUCUGAUAGUGACGAUAGUGAUAUGGAAGUACAGAUGUCACAUUCCAGAAAAACUACAUAUACCUUGGAAUCAAAUUCAGAAUCCUCUGAAAAUGAGGACUUGACAGAUUCAUACUCUGACCCUGAAACGCCUGAAAGCAGUGAUGGGUAUGAAGAAACCAAACAUUCAUGGAUUCAUGUUCAGAAAGCCAUUAUUGAAAUGGUAUUUCUCUGAUGACAGUAGCUUGUAUACUUCUGGAGUAGCUAUGAAACAGAUACCUGGAUAUGACCUGACUGUUUUACAGUGGAUUGCUAUGAAUUUGAGUGUUUUUACAUCACAUCCGGGUAUGAGUAAGGAAGCAUUUAGUAAUAUGUUAAAAGUACAAAAGAGGCUUGUGUCAAAUUGUGAGUAUCUUCCAUCUUCAUAUCGUGAGGCGACAGCAAUGGUAAAGGAUUACACUAUAGAUAAAGUUACUUUCCAUGUCUGUCCAAAUGAUUGCAUCAUGUACAGAAACAGUGACAAAUACAAAUAUGCACACCUUACAAUGUGUCCUACCUGUUCUGAAAAUAGGUACAAGAAUGAAAAGAACAAAAUACCUAGAAGAACAUUUCAUUAUAUUCCUAUUGGACAAAGGUUAGCUCGGAUCUAUAGGGAGGAAAAUUUAUGCAAAAUAGUUCAAAGCCAUCCAGGUUCAACAAAUGAAGUGCUUCAGAAAAACAACCAAAUGUGGGAUAAGUGGAAGGAAGUAUAUGCAGAAAGUGGCUACUUCAGAGGUGAUAAAUUGGGACUAUCUUUUGCACUUGAGGUUGACGGAGUUAAUCCGUAUCAUAACAUUGGUGUAAUUUAUUCCAUGACCCCAAUGAUGAUGACAAUUUUGAACCUGCCACGACAAGUGCGGAACUGCUUCAAGAAUAUCAUGCUGGUAGGAAUCAUCAAGGGGAAGAAAAACCAUUCUGAUUCCAAUAUUGAUGCUUAUGUGGAAAUACUUGUAGACGAAUUACUCUCCCUAACUGGUUGCACAAUGUAUUCUGCUUACAGUAAAGCUCCAGUGGAUGUCAAGUUAAAGCUAUUACUUUAUGUGUUGGACUAUCCAGGAUUAUCAAAGCUAUUCCACCAACAUGGCAGUGGAAGCUUACUCGGAUGUCAUUGGUGUAAUGUGAACGGUUUUCACUGUGCUCAAUUGCAGAAGGUUGUUUACCUGAGUAAUCGGUCAUAUUUACAGAAAGACAAUCCUAUCAGAUUUGAUGUCACAAACUUUUGUGAAAAGAAAGUAGAUAACACUUGCAAGCCUGAGCUACGUUCGAUUGAGAAGGAGAAGGAAUAUAGAGAAGCAUUUGAAAGUGCUCAAAAUAAAACCCAAGCAAAAGCUGUAUCAAAGGCAACUGGAUGCAAAGGCAAAUACCCUUUACAAAAACUAACGGAUCACAACAGACCAGAGGAAUGUGUUCCUGAUGCAUGUCACACCAUCAAAGAUGUAAUACAGAACAUAAUUCAUCGUAUUAGCCGUAAAAAUGUGAACAAAGAGAGGUUAGCAAGUGCUGAGCAACACUAUGAACGUUUUUCAAAUUUUACUGGUACCCCACUGGAUUAA